AGAGCCUUAAGCUUCUUGCGGGGGAGGGAGGGAGGGGGGGAGAGAGAGAGGAGUGCAGGAAAAAGUACUCAUACUAUGGCAACCUCGAACAUGGCCGCAGCUGCCUCAAGCUUUGUGUUCACUUCCAACCGUUCUCCCACCACCACGAACGCCUCACCACGUUCCAACUCCAUCAGCUUCUACCAGCCCACCAGAAGAUUUGUGAUUCGUGCUGCAGGGGAAAAAGAGAAUGGACCCGAGAAGCCAGAUCCCGGUAAAGUAAAUGGACCCGAAAAGCCCGAUACUGGCAAAAUAAAUGGACCAGAGAAGCCCGAUUCUGGAACAAUAAAUGGACCGGAGAAGCCUCCCGGACAAAUAAAUGGACCCGAGAAGGGCGAUCCUGGUAAAAUAAAUGGACCGGAGAAGCCCCCUACUGGAACAACAAAUGGACCUGAGAAGCCUCCUUCUGCGAAACUCAGUGGACCCAAGGAGAAUGAACCGAUGAGGGGCGCAAAGGUGAAGAUCCUUAGGAAGGAAUCUUAUUGGUAUAAUCGCAUUGGAUCAGUGGUGACCAUAGAUCAGGACACAAAGACUCGCAAUCCUGUUGCAAAGUAAAUUAUGCUGGUGUGUCUACGAACAGCUUCGCAUUGGAUGAGAUCCAGGAAGUGAAAUGAGGGUUGCUGCCUGCGUUCUUCGUGAGUCAUGUACCAAUUCCGAACUUUGUAUAAUACUAGUCCUCUGUGCACCUUUACCUAUGAGUAUCUUUUAAUUUGUAUAAUACCUAUCAUGUACCAGUCCCAAAUGAGUGUCACAGUGCAUGUAUGAUCCAUGCCACUGUUUGCCUUGUACCUUUCGAUACUGCAGUAAUAAGCAAAACUUCCUGGCAUAAAAAGAACUAUAUUGCUAUA